CUCUGUCCUUAUUUUACUCUCGUCUCUUUCCUGCUGCGCAAUGCAACCGACAGAGUACCAAUCAUCCCAUCAACUCAGACCGUCCUCUACAUCGAAAGACAUAGUCGCAUCUUUGCCGUUCACUGGAAAGCAAUACAAUGGCGCGUCCGGAAGGCAAUGCCGCAGAAUUGGGUCAGCCGGCAGACCAGCCGAGGGUUUCUCUCUUUGGAUCGCUAUCCGACCAGUCCAAGAGCUUUGCCUUUCGCACGUCCAAGGACUCAUCAGCAUCGUUAUUCGGCCAGCCCAAGAGUUACCCGUCUGCCGAGCCAACAGGCCCCUCAGCAUCGAUGUUCAGUCACCCCAAGAACGCUCUCUUUGGCCCCGGUGCUUCGGCACCGUUGUUUGGUCAACCGAAGAGCCCAGCCGAAGUGACCCUCAGCAUCGUCAUUCAGCCAGCCGGUAUACCCGCCAAAGAGCUCCGUAUUUCCAUCGAAGCCCCGGAGGACACGCACAUCACGCAAGCUCGGAGCCCCCGGCCUCGCAGGACUCGUCCUUGCGUACGCAGGUUCGCGUUAUAGUAGGGUGGGGAUCAAGCGCUACUGUCGAGGUUGGCCUUCCUCCUCACAGUCCUCGGUCGUAGAGGGCCAUACACUAUCUGGGAAUGCCGGUCUCCGUCUCACACAGGACCGAACUCGCCACCCUCCUGUGGCAGAGAGGCUAAUCCGUGAGCAGGGAGCGGAAAUGGUUCGCUUUGUGAAACGGACAUGGACAGAAUGAUUCAAGUAGGAUACGGGGAACAAGUUAUGUUUUGAGGGGGCAGCUAUGGUAUUGUGAUAGUCUCGUAUGUAGG